CGCAUCGAAGCACUCGCGCUCGCUCAAUAAACCCGUCGUGAUAAGUGCAUUCAGAUAUAAAAGCCACGUCGUUUUGCUCUGGCUGCACCGUAGCCCCCCUCGCUGCACAAUCGGAAGCCGGAAAGCAUACAACGUCAUGUCGUCGCGACCUCCAGCCGAGUUCCUCACACUCCCGCCGGAGCUGAUUGAGGAUGUCGCGAAGCGAAUUUCUGACAGAAGAUCUCUGUCUAGUAUGCGCAUGACGUGCAAGGCGCUUGACCAACCAGCCUCGAAAGAGCUAUUCAAGUCUGUCUACAUCUCCCCUGCGGGAGAGGAUGUCAGCACCUGGAACAGUAUUAGCGAGCACAAUGUCAUUCGUCAUAUUCCUCGUCACGUUCUCAUUCGUACACAUUCAGAAGAAGAAGACGACCGAAGUAGCUGGAAUGGCGACAUUGAGCGUGAGGAAACUGGCUCCGACUUGGAGAACGCGAUUGCCGCGCUCUCAAAGUUUCCCAACCUUGAGUCCCUCCAGAUCAGCUUUACUGAGGAAUGCAAAGGCCGCGCCAAGGAGUCGUGGGAGGAUGAUCCAGCCGAGAGCGCGUCGCAGCGCGAAGACAUGCUGAGGCUUGUGUUCCAAGCCAUCAAGGCGAGAGCGGUGGACAAGGAAAACAGGACAAUCCGGAACCUGACCCUUGAGAACCUGCAAAACUGCCCCGUUCCGGAGUUUACGUCGUCAGAGCUCUUCCGAGACGUCAUGGGCCAGCUGGACGAGCUGCAUGUCUCGUUGACCCAGGAGUACAACGAGCAUGGUCCCGACCACGACUACACCAAGGUCGAGCUGCGGACUUUUCCGGCGCACUUUUGUGCGGACUGGCUGAAGCCUAUCUCCAGCAAAUUGAAGGCGUUAUCCAUCUAUCACCAUAACGAGAACUGGGGACCCUUUCCAGGCUACUUCGAUCCCAGCGGCAUUGAGUUCCCAAAGCUCGAAACCCUCGCCCUGGGAUACUACACGCUUGCGCACGACGCCGACCUGGACUGGAUUGUAGCCAUAAAAAGCCUACGCAGGCUUGUGUUGCACAACUGCAUGAUCGCCUCGUACGUACGUAUUUCCAGCGCGAACAUGGCGGAGUGGAAAAUGCCCACGCAGGACUGGAUCGCCAUGCCCAGCGAGUACGACGACAGCGAGUUCAAAUACGACGGCACGUGGAGCUCCUACCUCGAUCGCAUCGCGGAUGGCCUGCCGAGCCUGGUUGACUUCCGCUUCGAUCAGGGCGGACUCUAUCACGACAAGCCGUAUAGCGUGGUCCGUCGUGGUGAUUGUGAUGUCCGGAUCUUCCCUAAGCGAUAUGUCGUUUUCGACAAUGGGAUUUUGCCGACGCACUGGCCUGAGGCGGAGAGCGAUGGGGAAUUGUACACGUGGCUUGAGGAUGAGGAUGGGUUUCCGAAUUUGCAUGAGACGCAUUUGGAAGAAGACCAGGAGAGCUUGGAUAGGCUGCUGGAAAAGACGAGAUCCAGACGAUGAGCUUAUGGUGCUGUAUUGUAGCGUCACGGAAACAUGCAGUGCUAUCAGAACACGAUGUGCGUGUUUGACAUGAAAUGGCUAAACUAGUUAUUGUUAUAGCUACAACUACGUAGUCUUCAGAGACCUCGAGGGUACACACAUAUCCCCUGGCUGAACGCCGACUGAGUACCAUAGUCUAUGCUCUCCAUCAGAUAUCUUCGAAAACAUGGC